UAGCCGCGCAUCGUAUGGCGCAUUCUGAUGGUGCGUGUUGUGAGUUUCUUUCUCUCCCUGGUGGAAAACCUCGCUCACUGCUGACUGGCUGGCUGGCUGACUGGCUCAGCCCGCAGGCGGUCGCCGAUGUUUUGUGUUACGCGCCCGGACAAUCAUGAUGUGCAUUCGCGGUGGUUGCUGGCAGUAACGCCAUUGCCUUGUUGUUUGUUGUAGACGUGGGCUCCGCGCUCAAACAUUUUUCGUUCGCAGUUAGUAUGUUGUUUACUUUCUCGCCAUAGACAGCCCCGGGUCCUGGUCGUGCGUUGUGUGCAGCGGUGCCCAAAUUCAACCGGUCAAUACUAACUACCAGCCAUCGGGCGAAGGGCCUAUCGUGAUUGAUGGUCGCGUGUGUGCGGAAAUCAAAUCGGUGUGCCCCUGCCCAUUAAGGAGCCGAUUGGGGUGUAGGUGCCUGUAGUUUUUGCGAGGGCACAAUAAUUGGUUGUGAGUGGAUGGUUCGAAUAAUUGUACGCAGCAGCAAAAAAAGUGAUUGAACGGGGGGAAAUUUCCGGGUACGAUCGGUGGCGAAAGGUGGGAGUGUUUAUAAAACCCAACCUGCCCUGUGUGUUCGUGUUUGGGUGAUGAAACAAUGUUACCCGCGCAAGUGAAAAAGAAUUCAAUGAACGACGCACUUUUACUGCCGCUCAAAAUGUUGAAGAUUUUGGACGCUUCGAUAUGGCCAUAGGACAAAAAUGCAAAACCAUUUACAGUUUGUGAAAAAUUUGUUCCAUAAUUGCUUCAACCAGCAGCAAGUAAGCGGUUCCUUCAUGCGUGACGGUUCCAUUCUGUCCACGUUAGGGAAUAAAAAAUUUCACAACCUGCACGACUGCAGCAACCUGGUGAAAGAUUUUGAUCGCAAUUACGACGCAAUCAGUGCUCGAAAUGAUCGAAUAAAACUACCCGCAGUUAGAACUUUGGACAUUAUUCCGAAAUCCAAGGACGUUUUGAAUGGUGACUGGAUCCUUCGUUACUCGGAUUCAGAUACCAACAAGUACCCAUGGAGUGGUGAUUCUAGUCCAAACUUUGAUCUCGUCCCGUGGCGCAGAUCCAAUCGCAACCAAACUCUGUUGACGCAAUCCACCUUCAAUUCAUCUAAACGAUGGAACGACAGCAAAGAUAAAAGGAUUCUGCAGCGGCUUCACAAAAUAGAAACCAAGCAGGUGAAGAAACAUCUCAAAGAAAACCUUAAGUAUUCCAAGCGGGUUAAACGCAUCCGCAUCAUGUUGUCGGUCGAAAUGCGCCAGAAGAAUUACGAGGUGCUACCACCGAAAAUCCUCCCCCGUCGAUUCGAGAUAAAUCCUGCCAGCAUCACUAGACAAACGGCGAAAGAGAACCACAUUACCCGGUUGACGGUGAUCGCCAUCGAACAGCAGCAAGUGUCCCGCCAUUGGGGUUAUUUCAGCCAUCGACGAAAUGAAAAUUUCAAAGAAAAAAUUGCCAAAGAGGAAGCCAAAAGUACAGGAACUACUGCUAGGAGGAGAGGAGUCAAAUCGGUGGAGGCGCCUGGUGGCUACUCUGCUUGUGCAAAAAGCACUGAAGAGUCGGCCGGUCUGAAAGAGAUCGAACAGCAUGUUUUCUGCAAAAAUAUGAAUGCCGUGAAGACGCUAGGGCGUAGCAAAUGCAUAACGCCAUUCGCUCCGAAACAGCUCGAAAGUGAUAAAAUGAUAGUACAAAUGUGUAGACGGUGUAGAAGUAAGAGAGUUACAGUGGGGUGCUCCGGGUAUAACGAGUCCAGAUACCUGUCGCAUCUGGACUCGUCCCAUGCACAGAUGCUAGCCCCGAUGGAACGGCCGGCGGGUGGGGCCCUAGCGCUUCACUACGCGGCCGCCCGCGGGUGCCUCGACUGUGUGCGGCUACUGGUGGAGGCGGCGCCUGACAUCAGCGCCAAUACCCAGAUGGACAACGACGUGACCCCGGUCUACUUAGCGGCUCAGGAGGGACAUCUUGAGGUGCUGAAAUUUCUAGUCCUGGAAGCCGGCGGAUCGCUGUAUGUGCGAGCCCGCGACGGCAUGGCACCGAUCCAUGCGGCCUCCCAGAUGGGAUGUCUGGACUGUUUGAAAUGGAUGGUCGAAGAUCAAGGUGUUGACCCGAACCUACGUGACGGUGAUGGUGCCACUCCGCUUCACUUUGCUGCUUCCCGAGGACAUCUGACUGCAGUCCGUUGGCUGCUAAGUCACGGGGCGAAACUGUCACUGGACAAGUACGGUAAAAGUCCCAUCAACGACGCUGCCGAGAACCAACAGGUCGAAUGUCUGAAUGCACUGGUGCAACACGGCAACCGCGAACCAGAUCAUAGUGAAUCAAAACAGCCAAAGCCCGCCCAGCGACAACCGGAGCAAGUGUACGGAUCGCCUCCACCACUGGCUCAGUCAGUAACGCCCCAGCAGCAAAAGCGGGUCUCGAAAAAGCAAACUAACAGCCAUCAUCACUACAGCAAGAACAAAGUGUUCAGCCACAACACGAUGAUGUCCAAGUCGUCUUCCGGUAGUUCAGACUCGGAGCCUUUCUAUCUUCAUCCGCCUACAAUCAGACAAACUAAGGACGGUUUAUACACCCGCCAAUCCCCCGACAGCUACUAUGGGACAGUGCCACCAAAUGACGGCGUCUACAUUAAUCCGAUGCGCAAUGGUUCCUCGACGCCGCCCAGCCCGAGCGGUAGUGUCUCGGGUGAAUCGUUCUUCCUGCACGACCCACAGGAAGUGAUCUACAACAGGGUGAAGGAUCUGUUCGACUCGGACCUCAGCAGCACCAAGGAUGAACGGAAUGUCAACUCCCGCGCAAUGACAGUUCAAGUGGAAGUUCACUCCAGCAGCAGCGGUGCAGCCAGCGGGUCCGACGAAGAUCUCUCCGUGUCAUCGUCCAAUUCCGGUGCGCAGCACAAGCCUCCCGAGGUGAAGCGCAACAACACGAAAUCAACCAACGACCACGACUACGAGGACAUCUAUCUGGUUCGGGAGGAAGCCCGAUACGGUACCAAAACUCGAAACGGUGCCGGUCGAAGCCGUUCCCGGGACAGCGGUUCCCACUCGCGAUCGGCAAGUGCCAGUUCGAAUCGCAGCAACGACAUUAUCAUGCAACUAACCAAUCAGACCGUUAGCAACAAAGAGCAGAUGCUGAUCAACAAGCGGAACAACCUGUACGAACAGCAAAACACUAAACACCGAUACGACGUGCCGAUAAACUACAAAACGACGAACCUGAGCAAAGCCAGCAAAUCCACCAGCCAUCAUCAGUCGAGCCGCGAGCUGAGCUUAGCGUCUUCGCGUAACGAUAACGCCUACGAAAGCGUUUGCUCCCCGGAGGAUACCCACGAGCGAAUGAAGCUCGCCCAGCGGCACUCCCUGCCGCACGGUGGCGCUGGUGUGAACGGUACUGGCAGUGCCAACGGUGGCAAGCAUGUGAAACGCAGCGGAUCCAUGAACAGAAACGAAAGCAAAGUACCAGUAGGACCCCCACCACCACCAUUGCCGCCGCCGUUGAAGGCACCGUCGCAGCCUGCUCACUACGGGCCCGGCAGUCAGACCAAGUCCGGCUCGAUGACGAACGGUAAUAAUUUCUAUCUGCACAAGCAUAUGAACAACGGUGGCGUCGGCGGCGGUUCGCAGCAUAAUACGAUGAUUUUCAACACCAGUGUCAGCAGCAGUGGCGGCACCACGGGUUCACAGAACAACGCCCAGCACGAUUACUACAACCAGCUGCCGUCGCAGCAGCAACAACAGCAGAAUCAGAACCAUAAUGGUGUCGAAGGACCAGACUCGGAUUCCGGUCUGGAAGUGGUCGAAGAAGCAACCCUCAAACCAUCGGAUUUAAUCCGUGGUAAUCAUAACCGCAGUAUGUCCAUCAUAUCAGCGAACAAGAAAGCCAAACUGAUCGCGGGCACUAGCAACAGUAACAACAGCAGCAACAGCAGCAGCAGCAAUGGUAACGGAAACAGCAGCACCCUGCUCAGUCCGACCAACUCGACCAAGGCAGUCGACGAUCAGUACUACGGCCAUCAGCAGCUCUAUCAGUCGCGCUCGAACUCCGCUCUGUCGUCGUCCAGUCACGGUCCGAAUCUGGUGAACAAACAGCUCGUGCUGCCAUUCGUUCCGCCGGCCUUCCCGAACGGAUCCGCCGACAACUCGAACCACCUGAUCAAACCGUCCGAGUACCUCAAGAGCAUCAGCGACAAAAAGUCCAAUGCUGGCUCCCAGAGAUCAUCCGACACCGAAGACUAUAUGCCAUUAAACGCAACCAUCACGGUACAGUCGGGACCGGAACCCCCAAAGCCACCGCCACCACCGCCGGCGCCGCCCAUGCUGAAUCUGUUCCCCACCGGCGGCCCCAAUCGAGACGGCAGUCAGACCGGAACGAUAAAAAGCAGCAACGGCAGCAUUCCACCUCCGCCCCCGCCCAAGGAUUCGACAAUACGAAAGCAGCAGCAGCCGCUGUCCGCGAUUUCGAUCCAAGAUCUGAACAGUGUGCAGCUCCGUCGGACCGACAAGAUGCUAUCGAAAACCUUCUCGGCGCCAACCCGCAGCAUGAGCAUGCAGUGCCUAUCCUCGACCAACGAACAGUUCCUCUCGCAAAAGACCGACCUGAUCGCCGAGCUGAAGAUGUCCAAGGACAUAGCUGGCGUGAAGAAGCUAAAGGUCGAACGGGCCAAACUGGAAGACAAGCAGGCAACCGAAGUGUACUCCGAGGUGGCACGACAAUUUACCACCGCCAACUACGUGGAUCAGUUAUUCCAGGUACCGGAACGUGACCACGCUGGCAACAUCAUCCCAGACUGGAAGCGUCAAAUGCUCGCCAAGAAAGCGGCCGAAAAAGCGAAAAAAGAAUUCGAGGACCGGCUGGCCCGGGAGGCUGAAGACCGACGGCUAUCGGCGAUACCCAAGUGGAAGCGGGAUCUAAUGGCACGGAAAGAGGAAGCAGAAAAUAAGCUCAAAUCCUCCAUCUACACUCCUCGGGUGGAAGACAGCCAGCGGCGUACGGAUACGUGGCGUUCGCGUAUGUCACAGCGGGCGAUGUCGAUCGACAAUAUCAGCUACACAUCGCAGCACGAAGAUUCGGUUGGAUCGCGCUUCAACAAGGAAAACAACAACAAUCAACACACCAAUGGCAAUGGCGUUGUUAGUAAUGGCACAAGCGGCAGCAACAACGGAGUGCAUCAUACCAACGGAAACAGUCACCAUAGCAACAAUAGCAAUAGUAGCACCACCAACAUGAACGGAAACGGAAGCAACCAUCAAAGCACGCGCAGCUCGAUGGAAAAUAUCAAUAGCAAAAACGACUACCACCAGCACAGUAGCUCGCAUCCGAACGGUAACGACGACGACGAUGACAGUGAACAGAUCAUCCCAUGGCGAGCCCAUCUGCGGAAAACCAACAGCCGCCUGAGUCUGAUUGGUUAGAUCGUUGCCUGCAUCUCUAGGGUAGUAGCUUAUUGUAUAAAAAUUCAUAGAUCCAUUAUAAAUACACAACAUAUUUUAGCUUACAUAAUAUACACGUCGCAAACAACAUUUAAUUUUAUCAAAUGAUGACAUUAUUUAAUUGCGAAAGCGUUGAUCAUUAGGAAUCACGUGCACAUUAGAACAAACGGGAAGAAAAUUGUAAACAUAAAUCAAAGAUUUCGUUGCAAUACUACUGUAAGAUUACUGUUAAUCAACAUGCGAAAAUGGAUCAAACUUUCGCUUUGAAGAAACUGCGAAAGUAAAGAAACUCGUUAAUAAUAUUGUGACACUUAGAAAAUGGUUACGUUGAAUAGUAAACGAAACUAUAAUGUGAUUAUUGUUAUGAGUCUCUAAUAAAGCAACAAAUUUAGAUCUAUUUACACACAAAAAUCUGCCAAUAUACAAUACAUUGUUAUUAUCUCCGUCAUUUAUACCCACCACAAACUUGUUUUAUAAAAUUCUAAAAUAAUAUUACGAACACAUACACUCGAUCAUCCGUUAUCAUUGUCAAUAUACUGCAAAUAAGAAAAUAAUAGUAAGCAUCUUUCGAACCAUACGUCAUUACAUCAAUACAUACUACAUCGUCAUAUGCUACCUAGACGCCAAUUAUCCAUCGUAUAUGAUCAUCGUAAAUAUGUAACGGAAAAUCCCCAAGCAUUCCACUUCUAGCUACAUAAGCAACUUUCAUAAUCGUUGAAUAGUUAUAAUAAAUGU